AUGGACGCCUAUCUGUCGCUGAGCAAUCGGGUGGCCUCGAUGGAGGAUCUUUUGCUUAGGAGCGAGUCAUCCAUGAUGAUGGUGCUGAAGCGUCUGAAGGCGUUAGAGGAACACGUCUCGGCAGUCGAAUCCCGCAGUCGUGGUGAUCAACCCACGCGGAGUGAGGAAUUGUCGUCUUUGAUGAAUAGGGCAUUUGAAAGCCAAAGUGGCAGAAUGGAGGCAUUGCAGAGCGCCCUGUCGCGUCAGGCUUCAUCGAUACAGGUGCUGGAGGAGCGCCUGCAGGCGACGUUCAGGGCGUUGGAACAAAAGAUGAAUAGUGAUAUUGCCGGCUGCCAUCAAAAGAUGCAAGUGUCAGAGGGAUCACUGACGUCAGCGGUACGCAACGUGGAGUCAAUGUUGCAGUCACAGUCCUCUGCGAUGAAGUCGUUGGAACAUAUCCUGCGGGGCGACAUACAGUCUGUGCACCAACACGCAAGUGGAGAGGUUGCGGGAGCUUGUCGGCGUCUUGACGCUGCGGAUGCCGCUUUUCACAGUUCUCUAACGGAGAUGCACAAAUCCAUAUCUGGUGAUAUUAAGUCGUUAGCAGAAAGCCUCGCUGCGAGAGUGGAGUCCUCAGUCCAAUCAACAGCGGCUUCGCUUCUUGCACUGGAUCAGAGAGUAAAGGCAGAGAUGCAAUCUCUUUACGAUUCCUUGGCGCAAGAUGUUGCGGUGGUUAAACAGAGUUUACAUGCCGAGAAUUUGAAUACACAAGACUCUUUACGAGCUCUUUACAGUACUUUAGCCAAUGAUCUCAAGGAAUUGUCAUCUCUACAGCAUUCGUCGGAGACGGCCAAUCAGUCCACACACCAGCAGCUUUACCUCGAACUGGAUGCGCAGCGGCAGUAUAUGGAAACAGUUGACUCAAACUGGCGAUCAAGUGUGGCGGCCUUCAGUGAUAAAGUGCAGGGGGAGUGGAAAACGCACAUGUCUCAAUUGGUAGCCAUAGACGCCAACAUCCAGCAAAUGUUUUUGAAAGUGAAUCUCCAUGUGGAACAACUAGCAGCGCAGCUACGUCAAGCUGUGGAGAGCCUGACACAUUCACUAGAGAUUAAAAUGAACUCCUUGCAACACCUUCGUGAUGAUGUUGUGGCUAACAGGAAAUCGCUACGCGUGGCAGAGGAUGAGCAGCACCGCUUGUCUGAGGAGGUUAGAGGGCUCUCCGCCAUGGUGGAGCGUAGUGGCGUGCAUCUAAGGUCGUUGAUGGAAUCUGCUGUUCGGGCCUCUCACAGUGACCUGCUUGAACGGAUAAAACCGCUUUUGAGCUACCGUUCUGAGGUGCAUAGCGCGAUAGCAGUAGCCCUGAACAGGCUCUGGACGGAGGCACACAAAUCCUUUACCUCCCAGCGAGACACGGACGCCCUUCAGAGUCAGGUUCAAUUCCUUGACAGUGCUGUGCGCAAUGAGAUCUCUCUACUUAUUGAGCGAGCGCGAGAGUUGGAGCACGGCGCGGAUGGGAAAUUGAGUCCUUCAAACGUCGCAGAUAACGCUGCGCCGUUGAGCAAGGAAUCGGGGGCCCUCAUACCGAUGCCCAUUCUCGGUGAGUUGAACAAUGUCUGGAAUGGGCUUCGCAGCCUUCAGGGCCAACUUGGGAUGCCCAGGGAUGAGGUUCUCUCUGCCAUCAAUGACACCCGCAAGCAAAUGCUUGACGUCACUUUGAAAAUGGUAAAACAGCACGAAAACGAGUUCGGCGACUUGCUUUGUGAAAUAAGGAAAGAUGUUUCUGAAAUGAUGCAGCGCCCCAAUAAGUUGAGGGCCGAUGUUACCAGAAACAAUGAUGCGGGGAAAGCCAACUCAUCAAAGCGAACAGUGGUGCGUGUGUUAGGCAAAAAUGUUGUACAUGCACCGUCGACCGAAAAGCCCCAUCCGCCAGUGAGUAUCAGGAAAGGGCCCAGCUCGCAUUCAGCGCUGGGGGCGCGCUCUAAACCAGACGCAAACCGUACAAAAGGGAUGUAUUCUUCUCCACCAGUAACCAGGCAACAAAAUUCAGGAGCUGUUGAGGAUGCCACAAAACUCCCUCCUUUGACCCAGCCUUCGAAAUCACAACAAUUAGUAGCAUCUGCAGCACCUCGGUCUCACACCCCGUCAAUUUCUUUGGAAGAAGACGGACGAGUUGAGUAA